AACUCACUGAAAGACGCAAAGUGUUUUCAUUUCGUGGAGCCGAAGAAGAUCGUGAGGAAGGUCUUCAUUGAAAUGUAAAUUGUGCUUCGUAUCUAUACUAUUCAUCUUCGGAAGAUUUUGUGAUGGAGGGAUCUUAUUUCAUCGCCCAUCGAUCUUUUUGUCGAUCUGCCUUUUGAAGAACUGUAGUGGGGUUAUCAAACUGGCAGCAAGCGUUCACCAGAUGAACAGCGAGUCAAGGUGCUACGAAAAAGCUUGUGAAAGUAAGUAUUUUGGAGUCGUGAAAAACUGUUGAUGUCUCAUCUCGCCGCACCGGUCAGGGAUGAGUAUGCUGCCGUACUAUGCAGCGUGGCACCGCUCACUCCCGCGGCAGUACGAGUGGAACUGGCAUGGGACGGUGAAGGCGGACCACACCGCGACUGUGGAGUUUGGCGAGACGGUCACGGGCGAUUGGAACCUGGUCCCCGGCUUGUGCCUGCAACGGCAAACCCGGGUGACUCUCUUCUUCGCGCACAAAACCGAACACGAACGGGAUGAGGUGCUCCGGCGAGAAGUCCGGAUUCUGACGCGGCUGAAGCACCCGAAUUUCCUGGAUGUCAUCUUUCCGCUGCAGGAGACCGAGGAUGUGUUGUUCUUCAUCGGGCCCGGGCUACUCGGAACGCUCGCCAUGCUGCAGCUCGGUCUGCAGUUGGAGUACCCCGCGUGUGGUCCAUCUCCGGGAGGAUCGCAAGCCCAAGCGGGGGGGAGUGGCGCGCCUGGACGAAAUUUAAAUGCUGGGCGGAACAAAGGAGGUGGCAAUGGCAAAGGCAGCACCGCACCGGAGGAUGCAGCGCCCUUCGCCCUCACGGAUUUGGAGAUCCGCAGUUGCCUGUUCGGCGUCUGCCGGGGGCUGUAUUGGCUUCACCGCACCGUGAGGCGCGUGCACCGGCGACUGACGCCGGACUGCAUUUUUCUCGCCCACAACUCCGUACCGAAAAUUGCCGGGCUGGGCUGUUCGCUCGCACUGUCGUCGACCAAGGGAGAAGCGGAGAUGAGCGACGCGUCCGAACUACAGGAUGAAUCCGCAGAGACGUACAGUGUCGCGCGGAUCCUGUUGCGGAGUCAAAUUUCUACGUUGCACGUUGCUGCCGAGGUGGUUCUCCAGGAAGGCAAGAAGCCGGAUGUGAGAAGCGACGUGUUCGGCGUGGCAGUGUUGCUGGCAAAGGCUUACGCCUUGCCUCUGAAGCGCGAGAAGCUGAAAAUCGAGAUGCAAAAAGUGGAUGCUGGGUUGGCGGAGCUGGCGAAACCUUUACUGCAAAAUCUGUCGCCUGAAGCGAACGAGCGCUACAAAUCGGUCGGGGAGUGGCAGAGCUGCCCGUUUUUUCGCCAGAACCCUUACGGAUUGCUGCGCAAGCUGGAACGAGCGCAAGACGUGCUGCUGGGACUGGAGGCGCGCGGGUCGGCGGGCGACGGGGUGAAACCAACCGGGGCGGACGUUUCGCUGGCGACCGGUCGGUCAAGUGUCAGUGCGCGGAGUGAAAGAGGUAAUUUGGACUCUUGUUCGUAAAUUUUGCAUAGAAGCUUUUCGUGUUGCAUCAACAGGGCCGUAUUUGUUUCGAAUUCUCCACAAGUAAUUUGGACAAAGUUUAUCUGUAUCGCAGGUUCCUCCUCCACCUCGUCCGGCGAAUUUAUUAAGUGGUUUGUAGACCAGGAUCGCGCUAUCGAUACCGCCGAGUACAAAUACGGUACGGAAGUUUCCCUCCACCCCCUGAGCGCGCGCGCCACCCCGGUGCGGGACUUGCUGCAGGAGCACGAGCCACAGGUGUCACUGGUCUUGCCGACGCGCUUCUUCCCCUUGUUUGCCAAUCUGUGGCAGCACAGCCACCGGAUCCGACCGCGGAAGGUCGCGGACAUUGACAUUCUGCUCUCUUUGAUUUUCUCCGCGACUUCCGGCAUUGUCACUGGCGGCGGCCGGGAUUUUUUCUCCGAUACUCACGUCUCUCUGUUUGAUGCGGUGAAAACGGGACUGAGGGGCACCGAUUCCGGCACGGUCGAGCGCGAGCAGACGGUUUUGUCCUGCCUUCCGGAACUGGAAGACGUGAUUUCCGCCAGCGAGAUAUGGCGCACCUUGCUAUUCGAGCUGCUGCACAAGGCACUAGUGCUGUCAUCUUCCGCGACGGACUUUGAGCAAACGCGAAUUGGGAAGAUCCGUCGCGCGGUCUCAGCACUUUGCGGCCUGCUAAGGGUGUGCCUGUCGCGGUCGAAAAAAGCUGACUUGGCAAGUGCUUCAAAAGAAGGAAAUCCUAUCGUCGAGCAGAAGGGAAAUAAGCAAGGAACAAAGCGAGGCCUGUUUGGGCUUUGGCUUCAGCAGGACAGCAAUAGCAAAGGUGCAAUGGUCGGCCAAAAUCUUGCGACAGCUGUGGAAUUGCAAACCGAUCCCAUGCCAGCGGUGGGGUCGACGACAUCUCUGUUGCGCAGCGAGAGUAGCGCCAGCAGCCCCCCAGCGAGCCGCAGCAACAGCCAGACCAAAUUGUACCAGGAACUAUCUGCGGCCGCUCCCGGCCCGCAGCGGGACGCACGGCAAGUGAAAUCGCAAUUACUGCUCCCCGUUGCAAGGCUUCUGCUAGAAAGCCACGCACUCCUCUUGCACCCGACACGGGACCACGAAGAGCAACUUUCGGAGCAAGAGUUAUCAGCAGAAGUGGAGCGCGUUUACGUGUUUGCGCUGUUGACGCUGCAGCACUUUGCCGAGUAUGUGACCAGGGACGACUUGCGCAACGAAAUCCUGCCACUGGUGCUGCUGUUUGGCAGACGAAUCCUGCAAGCACAAGCAGGUUCUUCAUCUUCGCCGUCCUCUUCCAGCACUGGUGCUUUGACAACUGCAGGUGGAAUAAACAAGGCUACUUCUGCGCUGAAAACAACGAGGUCUGACGUGAUCUCCAGCACCUCACAGCACGAGGCGAUCCUGCUAAACUACCUGAGCCAGAACGUCCCAGACUUGAUCGCGGGACUCGGGGCGAAGAGCCACGAGUCGCUUCCUCGGUCAGAUGACCAGAGCAGCAGUGGCGCGUCGUUACCCGAGCGGGCGCAGUUGCUUGCGCAAGAGCAGAACAUCAACCGGAAUAGUGAGUACAACAGUGUUCUGCCGACGCCGGCCACAGUCCUCGCCCUCUUCGAGUUCUUGCACGCGGCCCGGCCGCUGUUGGGCGCCGCCGUGGUCGCCAGUGCGGUGGUACCACUUUGCUCUCCGCUGCUCGUCUCCCCCGUGGCGGGGGUCCUGCCGCCAGCGGAUCGCAGUCGGUGCUGUGCGAUCGUGGAAGCUAUGCUGCGCGACAUCUCGGUGACUGGCAGAAGUUUUGCGAUGUACUCCCGCCGAUUCAUCUUCCCGGGAACCAGUCCGUACCAGCACUACUUGCGGCACUACUUCGACUUCCAAUAUGAAGCGAACACCACUUCUUUCGUGCAACAAUCGGAAGCGAGUAGCAGCGACUACGAACGGAGCGUGGAUGUCGACGAGCAGGUGGAGCACAUCAGUGAUGACCGUCACCCGUCGCACUCGGAAAAGGUCGCGUCAAAGACGAUGCGAAGAGAAGGGUCCAUGCCACCGACGGCGGAGGAGGUGUGCUGGUCGGGGACGGAUGACGGGAAAACCAUUGCCAAAACCGCAGAAGCCGAACCCUUAGAGGAGAAAGUCUCGCCAUCGGAAUUCUUCGCCAACGGCGAAAUACAAAACGGUUUGCAGGUCGUCUCAGCAGUGAUUGAGAAAGAGUCUACUUCUUAUGCAGAAGGUCCACCACGACCUGCCAUAAUUGACGCACAAAAAAAGGAAACCCAACGAUCCGAUACGUCGGAGGAACAAAAGGAUGCUCACGAGUACCACGACGCUGUGGGUGAUGACGACGACGUCGGGCGCGUCGCGGACGAGAACAGCCCGCUGGACUUGGAGAGCCUGCGAAAGCAGGCUUUGGAAUCGGCCUUGUCUGAGAUGCGCGAGGCUCUGGGGCCCGGCACGCCACCUUCCUACGAGGAAAGCGCCGCCGGGUCGCCGCUGACAAGCACCAGACAGGAAGAUCUCCAGGGUUCGUCUCCCGGCAGCGAUGGCGGGAAAAGUGCUGGUGGCGUGGUUGUACUACAAAACCAGCGAUCGCCUGGCACCCCAACGGGUAUCGUCAUCGCGGAGGAGGUGUAUGGGUCUGGCGUGAUCAACAUGCGGCUUAUCUCGAUGGACCGUUCGUCCUCCGCAACGUCCUUUGACGAACGAAAGCAGGGCCUAGACGCCAUUCUCGCGACAGAGGAGAUCUGGCCGGAAGCAGAGAAUCAAAAAGCCGCGCGCCGUAUCGGCGAGCUGUAUCGUGGUCUGCGGGAGCGACGGAAAGCGGUAGAGAUCGCUGGUAGGAAGCGCACAGCCAUCGGUGUUCUGCAAAGGAAUUGGCGGCGAGCGGUUUACGCGAGAACUCUUCCGGGGCAGUUGGCGGGCGAGGAGGUAGAGGGUAAGAAUUCCGUUUCUGAGACGAACUCAGCACCGGCUCGUGUUUCGGAGGAAGCUGAAGCGCAGGAAGCAGAUGAUCCAGAUCAGCGAUUUCGAGAUUUUCGCCAGCGGGUGAAAAGACACAAGGCGAACUUCGCGAAUUUUGACGCUUUCUUUUCCCCUGUUCAAGACGCUGCGGAAAAUCAGCACCAGAGCUCCACUUCGUUUCUGCCACCUCCGCGCCCGUCGUCCGAUCUUGCGAUCAAAGUUGUUUCCACGGACUUCGAUGACAUGGAAGAUGCCAACAAAGACGCAUCAUCGACUACCAAGAAGUCACCUGACCUGCGAUUUCAAGUCGGCUCGACAAACUUCUCCGACGAGGAAGAAGACGAUGAGCCGACGGUUUUCACAAAAGAGCAAGUGCGCAAAAUGGAGCAGACUAAGAACGAAGCGGAGGACGAGGAGCUCCGUCGGACUGCGGAGCUAGCCCGGAAGCGGAUGCUGUUGCUCGCGCAGCACCAAGGAACAAGUAACCAAGGCAGCAGUUUUCGUGGCGGGUCUGCCCAGGUGGAGUCGCAUGCCCGACCGCACGAUUCUUCCUCGUCGUCCGACGAGGAGAGCGCUACGGAAAGGGUAAAAACCACACCGGGUGCGGUGUUUGGCGGGAUUUUGCGAGUCUUCGGCGCGGACAGUGAGACUACCGCACCGGAACAACUGUACCACACUGAGCCCGAGGAUGUGCUGGUCGAGGAGGACGCGGUCGAGGGUUUGGGACUUUUGCACGACCAGGACGUGAAGGGGCUUGUGGACGAGCCUGAGACCAUAGCUCAAGAUGGCGCGGAAAGUCUCGGGGAAGUGGACGCAGAGGGUGGUCAGCACGGGGAGGAAGUGAUCCCCGAUGAGGGCGUUGUGGUGAAUGAAGUGGUCUAUUUCAACAGUGGCGACGGUCAGGCACUGAAUGCCAAAGGUCGUCGUGAUGAGAUGGUUGGCAGUCCUUCGAAUUCGCGAGAAGAAGUGGCUGCACCCUCAGGAGAUGAUCGGCAGAAGGAAGAUUUUCGCCAACCGGGGCAUAAAUCACCAACAACUACGCGAAGCGCUGAAACCGAGGCCAAAAGCAAAGAAGAUACUCGUGAGCAAAAUAUUGCGGAUGCAGGCGACAGGCAAACGCCUCAGAAGUCGAAGUCGCCAACCGGUACUAAAGCUGUUUUCGCGGGCCACGAAAAUUCUGAUGAGGUUGUUGCUGUUCGUGCAGGAGUUCUUGUAGGAAAUUCUGGAAACGAAAAUCCCGUUGCACCAGUAGAAAGACCAGCAGAGUUGCUAGAAGAAGAAGGACAGGAGACACCGACGCAGACGAACGUGAUCAAGUCCAAAUCAUCCGCUGUUUCUUCCCCCGAGGUGGAGCUCCGACCAGAACCGAAAAGCCCGGAGUCGCAGCAGAUUUUGCAGGGACAGCGCCUGCUGUCCCCGGAGCCGCGGGUUGGAUCCCCACAACAAGCGGGGACGACCAGGAAGUUACCGACCGGGUCCUGGUCGAUCACCUCAGCGGGAGAGAAAAUGCGGCCCCAGCCUUCGGCCCUGCCAUCCGGCGGGUUGACAACGAAGCAGGAGACCAGUCGGAGCAGUGUGCACCUGUCGGAGUUGGGCGAAGGCGAUCCGAUCGGGGAUGGGGAAGAUCAUAGUUUGAGUCCGACGGGGCGAGAACUACCGGGGGAAGAAGUGGUGAUGGUCGCAGAGCAGUCACUGACCGCACAAGAACGUGAACUUCAGGAACAAUCUCCUGAAGAUGCAAAGCAGGAGGAGGAUAAGGGUCCGAACGUUGUUCCUGCAGUGCCGUCAAGUAGUGAAGAAGAAGAGAUCAUAGAGUAG